AUGGGCCGCAGCUGUGUGCUGAUUGAGCUGCAAACGGCCCAUGGGCCGCAGGUGGAGAACCACUGCUCUGACCCUUCAUCAGUCCCUGCUGAGAGCUUCUUCCGGAAGCUCAUUCUUAUCCCCUGCUCUGGACCCAAACGCAACAAAUUAAUCAGAAGGAAACUGGAAAACUCCUCCAAGGAGAAGAAAGACUGUUGUCCCCAGGCCUUUGGGAUCCCGCUCUCCCAAGUCAUUGCCAAUGACUGGACACACAAGCAAAUGCAGGAAGCAGUGAAAGGCAGCCGCAGGGACUGCCUGGAGGUGGAAGCGACCGUGACUAAAUUUCGAGCUCAGAUUCAGAAGAAAUCCCCUUUCGUUGGAGGCUGUGUGCUGGAGCUCGGUGGAGAGUUUGCCGAUGAGCCGCUCUCUCCUACUUUCCUGGACACUGUGUCCCGGAGCCACCGAAGGGGGGGAGUGUCUGUGGACUCCAUCACCGAUUUGGGUGACAACACCUCCAGGCUGCUGGAAGCUCUGCAGCUGUCACAUCCCAAUGAGCUGGAUCUCAGGAGAACCUUGGAGAGGAACAAGACAUUGAGCCUCAAUCCCAUCUACAGGCAGGUCCCGCGUGUUGUGGACAGAUGUUGCCAGCACAUUGAGGCAUACGGACUCCAGACUGUGGGCAUUUUCCGUGUCGGAAGCUCUAAGAAAAGAGUUCAGCAGCUGCGGGAAGAAUUCGACCAGGGAUUUGAUGUUUUCUUGGAUGAUAGUUACUGUGUCCACGAUGUGGCAGCUCUGCUCAAAGAGUUUUUCCGGGACAUGCCUGAUUCCCUGAUUCCCAAGGAACUCUACUCAGCCUUUGUCAGUACAGCCUUCAUGGAACGCAUGGCCCAGCUCUCCAUGCUGCAGCUGCUGGUGUACCUCCUACCUCCCUGUAACAGUGACACCCUGUACCAGCUAUUGCAGUUCCUGAACAAGGUGGCACAGCAUGCCCAGGAUUCCACACGUCCAGAGAGACAAAAGAUUCCUGGAAAUAAAAUGACAGCCUCAAAUUUGGCUACAAUUUUUGGCCCCAACCUGCUGCAAAGAGAGAAGCUUCUGGAGAGAGACCCCAGUGCCCAUGCCGUGGAAAUCGAAAACAGCGCUUCUAUCAUCCUCGUUCUCCAGAGUUUAAUUGAGAACUAUGAAGCCUUGUUCAUGGUGUCUUCAGAGGUGCAGCAUGACAUCCUAAGGAGGCUGUUUCAGACAGAGCCUGAUGUCAUUGACUAUCUCUUACGCAGGAAGUUCAACACCACUCUGUAA